AUGAAAACUUUAAUUUAUAUUUGUAUUUUAGUUUUAUUAAUUUUACAAUUAAAUAAUAAUAAUUUAGUAUAUGCAGAUGAUGAAGAUGACGAAUCCGAAUCUGAUUCUUACUCUGACUCAUACUCAUCAGAGGAUUCUACUUCACCACACAAACCAAAAAAACCUCAAAUCACAAUCAGAAAUAUUUAUGUAUUGACACACAAAUCGACAAACCAAACCCAAACAAAUGUAUAUUUCAAAUCCAUUGUGGAUCCAAAAAGUAAAUGGAAUUAUUUAAAUCAAGAAGGAAUGAAUGAUGUAAAAUUAGAUAGAUUUGUUUAUAUGAACCAAAAAGAAAAAAGUAUGAUUUUUGAUUCAGUUCAAACUAUUAAGAAUACCUAUUCAUUAGUUCAUCUCAAGGAACAUUCUAAUUUUGAAUCGGAAUUGAAUAAUGAAUUCAAUGAAAAAACCUACUAUCAUACUGAGGUUACAAAGGAUGAGUACAACUCAAAGAGUAAGAAACCGACUGGUAUUGGCUUGGUGGUUCCAGAGAAUAAGAAAGGUUAUCUUACUGCUUGUUCUUAUCCCCAGAGUGUUACCUUUCAUUGUUCAGAGGUGCCAAUUAAAGUACCAGAGGAUUUGGAGAAUGGUGUAAUGGUCACACUCGAUAGAUAUUCAAAUGCCUAUUCUGUAUUGACCAAUCACAAUGAUUCCAGUGACAACUUUAUGGCAAUUUUCAAAUUGAAUUCCGAUGGAUUCCCUGAACAUCCAUCGUCUUUCAGGGUGGAGUUCAAAAUUCAACAUGUUGGUAUUGUCUCUCAUAAUGGAUAUACAUUUGUGGCUGGAAACGAUCUCAAUACCCAUGAGCUAAAGGUCUAUAGCAUUGAACAAGAUUCUAGAAACUUUGGUAUUAUUCUAGAGAAACCUUUCACUUUGGAUACAGUUCUUCGUUCUUACUCUGAUCCUAAAUAUGUUGGUCUUUACUCCAAAGGUGCAAAACAAUUAUUAGUUUUGAAUUUGCAAACUCAGGCUGUUCAAGAACACAACUUCACAAUGGAUUUACCUUCAAAUGUCAAACCUGUCGACUUUAUGAUUUCCAGUGUAGAACCAUCCUUUAAAUUUUCACAUGAAAAAUCGACUGCUUCUGCCAUUUUUAAUUCAAGAUCGGUGUUUGUCCUAAUCUUUUCUUUAAUUAUACUAUUGUUAUAA